UUAUAAGCUCAGAUAAAAGGAUUUCCACAAAAAGCAGAACCCUAGGACGUGUAAUCAGUGUUUGGAGAGUUGGGGUUUGUUUGAGGCAGAGGCAAUGACACGACCUUUUGGUGUGAAGGGGAAGAAGCGCAAGCACUCCCAAUCCAAACAGGACUCAGAAGAAGAACACCCGCAGCCGCCACCGAAGAAAGCUGUCGCGGAAGAGAGCAAAGAAUCACCACCACAAGCAGAACCUGCACCAACAGAAGAGGAUGAAUUGAGCGGUAUCCCAAUUGCACCCAGCGAGAAAGAAAGUACCAAAUCCAAUGUCAUCUUCAUUCUCGAAAGAGCUUCUCUUGAAGUCGCCAAAGUCGGCAAGACAUAUCAGUUGUUGAAUUCCGAUGACCAUGCCAAUUUCCUUCGCAAACACAACAAAAAUCCUGGAGAUUAUAGGCCGGACAUUACUCAUCAAUCUCUUCUAUCUAUUUUAGAUAGUCCACUGAAUAAAGCUGGAAGAUUGCGAAAUGUUUAUAUAAGAACGGAGAAAGGUGUUCUUAUUGAGGUUAAGCCCUUUGUUCGAAUUCCUAGAACCUUCAAACGUUUUGCUGGUGUUAUGUUGGAACUGCUUCAAAAGCUGAGCAUAUCUGCUGUUGGCAAGCGCGAAAAACUCCUCCGAACAAUAAAAAAUCCUGUCACACAGUAUUUGCCUGUCAACUCACAAAAAAUAGGUCUAUCAUAUAGUUCAGACAAGCUUGUAGAUAUGGAUGACUAUGUAUCAAAGAUUUCCAGCGAUAUGGACCUUGUUUUUGUGGUAGGAGCAAUGGCCCAUGGGAAGAUUGAGACAGAUUAUACAGAAGAUUACAUAGCAAUUUCUGGGUACCCUCUAAGUGCUGCUUAUUGUAUUACAAGGAUUACUGGUGCCCUUGAGAGAAAGUGGAAGAUUUUGUGAUUUAACACCUUCAGUUAGCCUGGGAAACGAUUUACUAAUUCGAGUUCCACAGCAAUUUAUGUAAUAUCAGGGUAGGGUAUUAUUGUCUUAACAGACAUAUAGGAAAUACAAUAUAAGAUUUUUUUUUUCCGAGGUAUUUUUAUGGUCUGAUUGUCCUGGACCAGAUCGAUGUUUCACUACUGUAUUUGAAUUAAAUGUUUAAUGUAUUAAUUUGCUAGAGUAUGCUUUCUUAA